AUGAGCCGUCGCCAGGACGACGGCGAGGUCGUCAUCGAGAGCCACGACAACAAUGCCGCGGAGAGAAGCGGCGGCGGCGGCGCCGCGGAAUUAGACGACGGGGAGAGGACCGACCGGCCGGAGCCGUUCUUCCCGUGUGUCGACGACAGGGCGGCGUUCUCCGACGCGGAGCGUGUCGUCGAUGACGAGGAGGACACCGAGUUCCCCGAUGGCGGCGACGAGGAGGAGGAAGGUGACGACGUGCGUGUCUCCUUCGCCAGCGCCGUCGGGGAUCAUCUCCGCGAGGAGCAGAGCGAGCUGGAUGAGGGGGAGGAGGGGGAGGAGGACGUGUCGCGGUACGACUACGGCAUGUGGAUGGAGGCCGAGCCGAUGUCCAUCCAGGAGCGCCGUCGGCGGCUGCUCCAGGGGAUGGGGCUCGCCGCCAGCAGCAGGGACCUCCUCCGCGGCCGCGGCGCGAGGGUGAGGUCGAUUCCACCCAACAUCCCGCGCUGCACGUCGAGGCGCCCGUCGUCCCAGGCUGCGGCCGCCGCGGAUGACGCGCAGCCAAGCACCUCGGCGGCCGCGCCGGUGGACGAGGAGAAGCCCCUGGAUACCGUGAAACGGCAGAGGAACGGCGCCCUGACGCGGUGCCGGUCGGACAGCCGCCUCGCCGUCCGCGGCGGCGGCGCGGCGAGGAAGACGCAGUCGUUCCGCCGCGUGUGCUCGGUGCCGCACUCGCUCCACGGCUCGCCGGUGCACAAGGCCCUCCGCGCGGCUGCUCGCUGCCCGAUGCCAUCGGCGGCUUCUUCCAAGGAUGGCAGAGAAGACAACGGCGACUCCGGGAACAGCCGCCGCGGCAUCACCAUCAAGAACCUCGACGACGGCAAGGAGUUCGUGGUGAGCGGCCAGCCGGCGGACGGCUCGUGGGGCGCACUCAGCGACCCCCAGAGCGGCGUGAAGCUGAGCUUAGACGAGUUUGAGCGGUUCAUCGGCUACACGCCGCUCGUGAAGCAGCUGAUGCGCCGCAGCCAGAGCCAGCCGGUGCCAGCGGGCGCGGCGAACGGCGGAACGAAGCCGGAGAAGAAGAAACCCCGGUGGUUCAAGAACAUCAAGCUCGUGGCCUCGGCAGCCGGCCUCAUCCACGAGAAGGAAAAGGACGGCAACGGCGGCGGCUGCGGGGGCGCCAGGACGGCGGCCGCGCAAGAGUCCGCGUCCGCGGUGACCAUGUCCAAGUCGGCGUCCGCCAACGCCUCCAUGGCGUCGUCGUCGUCCUUAGAGCGGCCCAAGGUGCACAGCUACGGCAAGUCGGGGAAGGAUCUGACGGGGCUGUGCCUCCGGCAGGAGGUGCGCGCGCACGAGGGCUCAAUAUGGUGCAUCAAGUUUAGCCCCGAUGGCAUGUUCCUCGCCAGCGGCGGCGAGGACCGCGUCGUGCACGUCUGGCGCGUCACCGAUGCCGACGCCCCGUCGUCCGUCAUGUCUCCGCAGCUCUCGGCCUCGCAGAGCCUCCCGCCGCUGCCUUCCCAAGGCGACGGCGGGUCACUGGUGCCGGGGCUGGCGGCGCAGCUGUCCAGGAAGGCGCGUGUGCGGCGCUGGAAGAGCGGCAAGGACGUGCUACCGGAGCACAUCGUCGUGCCGGAGACCGUGUUCGCGCUCGCCGACGAGCCGGCGUGCUCCCUCGAAGGGCACCUCGACGACGUGCUCGACCUCGCCUGGUCCAAGUCCCAGCAACUGCUGUCGUCGUCGAUGGACAAGACGGUGAGGCUCUGGGACACGGAAGCGAAGGCGUGCCUGAAGCUGUUCCCGCACAACGACUACGUGACCUGCGUCCAGUUCAACCCGGUGGACGACGGCUACUUCAUCAGCGGCUCGCUGGACAGUAAGGUGCGGAUCUGGAGCGUGGCGGAGCGGCAGGUCGUCGACUGGAGCGACCUCGACGACAUGGUCACCGCCGCUUGCUACACCCCGGAUGGCCAGGCCGCCAUUAUUGGGUCGCACAAGGGGAGCUGCCGGUUCUACAAGGCAACAGAUUGCAAGCUCAACCAGGAGGCGCAGAUCGACAUGAGCAUAUCCAAGAAGCGCAAGUCGCAUGCGAAGAAGAUCACCGGAUUCCAGUUUGCGCCGGGGAACCCGUCGGAGAUCCUUGUGACGUCGGCGGACUCGCAGAUCAGGGUGUUCAACGGCAUCACCGUGCUGCAGAAGUUCAAAGGGUUCAAGAACACCAGCAGCCAGAUCUCGGCGGCGUACUCCGCCGACGGCCGCUACGUCGUCUGCGCCAGCGAGGACUCCAACGUCUACGUGUGGCGGCGCGCCGCGGCGCCGGGCGGCGCCACCGGGGGCAGCGUCGCCGUCAAGGCCAAGACGUGGCGCACCAGCCGCGCCUACGAGUGCUUCUUCUGCAAGGACGUGUCGGCCGCCGUGCCGUGGCCGCGGUCACCGUGCCUACCACCACCACCGCGCAAAAAGUGUGGUUUUCUCAUGGAUGAGCAAAUUGUACAUGUUGGUUGGUACAAGCUGAAGGGCAAGCUGAACAAAUUUGGGCUGUUCAAUGGGCUCAAAGAGGGUCUCUAA